UAGCUUGCACUAUGGUUCUCCUUCACGCUCUCGUGGGCGCGCUCUGGGUUUCCAUUGUUUCAACACAAGACAACUCGAUACCUGGUACAGAAGACAACUCAAUACCUGGGAAUUGCGACGCCGCAGAGAAUGUGGUACUCGAAGACAGGCUCCAAAGGGCCUUGGACCAACUACCUCGAAAUUUCGUGGCUACCAACACCGGCCAAAUCCAGCUGAUACCGAAAAUCUUCUUUCUGGGGAACACCAUAGUCGAGGGCCUCAUGCACUUGAGACCGGACCGGCCGUACAGGACAUUUUGUCGGGGCCAGGACCGAGUGACUCUGUUCAGUAUCCGAUCCACGCGUCCCAUCAGAAUCGCCAUCCCGUGGCGAUUGUGUUCCGGACUCAACGGAACCAUACACGGUCACGCGGUCCACCUGAGAUACAAGGGAGAGAUGAUCACGAGAAAUGCCGGCGGUGGGACGUCCACAUCAAGAAUCGAAGCUCUCACGCCUGUCUUAACAGAGAAUUUUUUUGUCGGAAUGAGCGGCGCUGGAGGCGGCGUUGACCUGCUAGUCAGUGUACUGGCUCAUAUUUUGUACGGACCUGUCAGGCUGUACUGGGUGGAAGUUAUGACGGCUAACGUUCUUGAUGCUUUGGGUGAAGCCUUGGGGAAGUUGGCUUGAAGCCAGAAAUAGCAGAAGACAAACUCAACAAGCGCCGUGACGAUGCACUUUUAUCGCGGCUCCAUCCAUCUUGUCGUAGCCUCAGCUGUGGUCAGACUUGAAAUGGAGUAUGGUGUUAAAUGUGGAGAUCGUCAGGCCAUGUCUACGCCUCUCGUCUAUUGGAACGAUUGAUUAUGAAUAUAUAGGAGUUCAUUAUUUUGUUUUUGUUUCCAAGUCUAUUUAUUUGACCUGAAAUUUUUAAUUUCUAUUACAUGAUAUUUCCAAGAAAUACUUUAUUUUCUACAACCUAAAUCGGGUUCAUGUCUUCGGCGAUCGACUGGCAGUUUUAUGCAAGUAGGCACUGAUUAUUUCACAUGAAAUUAUUAAAGUGGCUUGAUUUGCGAA